AGAUUGGGUAGAACGUAGCGAUUAAAAACACCUUGUACAGAACUAAAUAACCGCGUGAUUCAAUGGUACAACGAGCGUAUCUCGCCUGAAGUCCUUUCAAAGAUUGUAUUUUGCUCCAGUAUGGAGGUAUCAGGAUUGCGUCUUCAAUUCUGUCCUCGGUAGCAACUCGACACCUAAAGAGAACAACACACAAGACCUUCAAAUGAACGGAAACUCUUACCAAUCGUAAGCAUCUAAUGGACUCCUUUCUCCUUGACAUUUUCGAUGGCACACAAAUGAGCAAGAUUCCACAGAGAAGAAAAAGUCCUCACUCCUAAAGAGCUGACAAGCGUAGUUUGGGACCAGUGCUGCCUCCUCCACAAACGUAAUGCCAAGAACAUACCACCUCAUCCGCUAACAUAGCUUCGUGGUAGUUGUGAUGAGAUCGAACGCUUACUUUGCCAGGGAAGAUGUCUAAGUGAGCAAGAGCGACGAGGAGUAAGCUCCAUCAUCUAUGUCUCGGCGUUGACCCCUGUUUUAAUGAAGCCCUAGCCAUGGCUACUACUUCUGCUGCCUAUCCGCCACCGCCUCCCUAUUACACGCUCUACAAGGAUCCAGCCUCCGCGCCAUCGCCGCCUCCGCCGCUCCAGGGAACUUACUCCGUGUUUGGGAACACGUACACGACUGACGAUACACUACCCAGUUUGGAGGAAGUGGGGCUUCGUCAAUUGUAUCCCAUAGGACCCAACAUUGACUACAAGAAGGAGCUCAAGGCUUUGAACCGAGAGCUUGUGCUCCAGAUGAUGGAGCUCGCCGACGUUUUGGUGGAGAGGCCUUCUCAGUAUGCUCGAAGAGUGGAAGACAUGGGGCUCAUUCUCAGAAACAUGCAUCACUUGCUCAAUUCACUCAGACCACACCAGGCCAGAGCGACACUUAUUCGCAUUCUCGAGACCCAAGUGCAAAGACGAAAGCAAGCUGUGGAAGAAGUUCACAAGAGAAGGAACGAGGCAAGAUCACUCCUCCAGGAAUCAACAGCUGCACUAGAAACCCAACUUAGCCAGCAAAGAAUUGUGUGACUUUUGCUUUAGAAGAGGAAUAUACUAGAAUAUCUAAAUAUAUUUAGGAUAUUUCUCUUUUAAACUCUUAUAAUCAAUAUUUUUAGUUAUCACUAA